AUGCCCACGCGCUGCCCCCACCAGGAUCUGCUCAAGCAGGCAGACGGCACCGAAUUCCAGAGCAUCUGCAGCCUGGACAAGCUCUGCCCGGAUUCGCGGGGCUCGGACACUGUGUGGAGGGUGCUGGAUGCAGCAAGUCAAACCAACAAUGAUAUUCCUCUAGAUCGCUUAACAGUAUCUUACUGUCAGAGUAGCAGUCCUGGAGGCCAGAACGUUAAUAAAGUGAACGCCAAGGCUGAAGUCAGGUUCCUCCUGGCAACCGCCGACUGGAUGCAGAGCCAUGGCCAGAAGAUGGCCAUCAUGCAUAAAAAUAAGAUCAACAGGUUGGGAGAAUUGAUACUCACCUCUGAAUGUAGCUGCUCUCAGCUCCGAAAUCUGGCAGAUUGCCUGCAGAAAACUCGAGACAUGGUUGCUGAAGCCAGCCAGGUGCCCAUGGAGCCAUCCAAAGAAGAUGCUGUACUCCGGAGAAUCAGGAUAGGAAACAUGAAUUGGGAAAGGCUGAGAAAAAGAGAAUAAGU